UCCACCUAAACCCCCAAAACGGGCAAAAACGCACGCACGCACGCACAGAGAAGAGUUGCGAUUCCUCAAAACCUCUAUUCACUUAGCCGUCUUUGCAAUGGAAUCACAGCUACUCUCCACUUCACCAUCUACUUUCCACUUCCCCUCACCAAAGACCCUCUUCUCUAACAAAACCACACACAGAAACCCAAACUUUUCUUCCUUUACGCCCAAAAGAAAACUAGCGAUCCAGGCUAAACUCAUGGAGAAAGAGAACAAGUUGUGGGGAGGUAGAUUCGAACAGACCGUGACUGAUAAAGUAGAGAAAUUCACCGAGUCAAUCUCGUUUGACAAGGAGUUGUACAAGCAUGACAUUAUGGGCAGCAAAGCUCAUGCCUCCAUGCUUGCAAAACAGGGGUUGAUGAGCGAGAGUGAUAAAGACAGUAUUUUGAAAGGGCUCGAUGAGAUACAACGAAAGAUUGAGGCUGGUGAGUUUGAGUGGAGGGAAGACAGGGAAGAUGUGCAUAUGAAUAUUGAGGCAACGCUUACUGAGAUGAUUGGUGAACCUGCCAAGAAACUGCAUACAGCGAGGAGUAGGAAUGAUCAAGUUUUGACUGAUUUUAAACUGUGGUGUCGUGAUGCUAUCGAUAGAAUCGCUGCAUCUAUAAAAAAUUUACAGGUUGCAUUGGUGAAAUUGGCUUUGAAUAAUGAAGGGCUCAUUGUUCCUGGUUACACACAUUUGCAAAGAGCGCAGCCUGUUUUGUUGCCGCAUCUGCUCGUAGCCUAUGUCGAACAGCUUGAACGUGAUGCUGGUCGCUUACUUGAUUGUAAACUUAGGAUGAACUUCUGCCCCCUGGGUGCAUGUGCAUUGGCUGGCACCGGUUUACCAAUCGAUAGGUUUAUGACUUCUGAAGCUUUAGGAUUCACUGCUCCCAUGAGGAAUAGCAUUGAUGCAGUUUCAGACCGAGAUUUUGUCAUGGAGUUUCUUUCUGCUAAUUCCAUCACAGCAAUUCAUCUUUCUCGAUUGGGUGAAGAAUGGGUGUUGUGGGCCUCGGAGGAGUUUGGAUUUUUAACACCAAGUGAUUCUGUUUCAACUGGAAGUAGUAUUAUGCCUCAAAAGAAAAACCCAGAUCCCAUGGAACUUGUCCGAGGAAAAUCUGCUAGGGUCAUAGGAGACCUGGUCACUCUUCUCACAUUGUGCAAAGGGCUUCCACUCGCUUAUAAUCGUGAUUUGCAGGAAGACAAGGAACCUGUAUUUGACAGUGUUAAGACAGUUGUAGGGAUGCUCGAUGUGUCAGCAGAGUUUGCACAGAACAUCACUUUUAACCAGGAGAGAAUUCAAAAGUCUCUGCCAGCCGGCCAUCUUGAUGCCACAACACUUGCUGAUUAUCUUGUCAAUAAGGGACUGCCUUUCAGAACAGCCCAUGAAAUAGUUGGAACAUGUGUUCAUUUAUGUGUUUCAAGGAACUUGCGGCUUGAAGAUCUAAGUCUUGAUGAUCUGAAACGUAUAAGCCCCGCCUUUCAGCAAGAUGUAUACGAGUAUCUUGGAGUAGAAAAUGCAGUUAAUAAAUUCUGCUCAUAUGGUUCCACCGGGUCAGCUUGCGUUGCAAGUCAGCUAGAUUAUUGGGUUGCUAAACUCGAGAUUAGCAAAAUCUGAACUUGAUAAUGAACGUUGCAGCAGAUCCUAGAUGGGGUACUUCGCAGGAUAAUUGAAGCUAAUUUUCAGGACCAGGAAUAUUGUCAUGCAGUGGGCAUCAGAGUUUAGCAAUUAUAAAUCCGUUUAAGAUGCCAACAAGAAGUGGGAAAAUACCAUUAGGCUAAAUUUUGUUACUUUUGCAUUACAAUUUUGUCCAACCCGUUGCAUGUUGUUUUAGAGGAACUCAAGUACAUGGCAUGAAUUGAUGUGGUUUUCCCGUUGUAGUAUAUCAGUUUUUAACUGCUUCUAAAUUUGUUAAUAAAGUUUGAUCAACCGAAACUUUCAUUA